CUGGGAUAUGUCAGUGUAACCCUCCGCCUGCGGUAGAUGUGCUGAGGCUGGAGUAGCCACCAUUUUGCAUGUCUAGUGUGUUCCUCCCUCCAUUGCUAAUAGAGACGAUUCCAGUCAUUUUCUGGCAUCAUUACGGCUAAGAAUGCCAGCUCCGAUCAGACUGCGGGAGCUGAUCCGGACUAUCCGGACAGCACGGACCCAGGCAGAGGAGCGCGAGAUGAUCCAGAAAGAGUGUGCUGCUAUCCGCUCAUCCUUUAGAGAGGAAGACAAUACAUACCGUUGCAGAAAUGUGGCAAAGCUACUUUAUAUGCACAUGUUGGGCUACCCAGCACACUUUGGGCAGCUGGAGUGCCUGAAGCUGAUUGCGUCCCAGAAGUUCACUGACAAAAGAAUAGGUUAUUUGGGAGCUAUGCUGCUGUUGGAUGAGAGGCAGGACGUCCACCUACUAAUGACGAAUUGCAUUAAGAAUGACUUGAAUCACAGCACACAAUACGUCCAGGGCCUGGCCUUGUGCACUUUGGGCUGCAUGGGUUCCUCAGAAAUGUGUCGUGACCUGGCGGGGGAGGUAGAGAAGCUGCUCAAAACAUCCAACUCCUACUUAAGGAAAAAAGCGGCAUUGUGUGCAGUUCAUGUCAUCAGGAAGGUUCCAGAACUCAUGGAAAUGUUCCUUCCAGCCACAAAAAACCUGCUGAGCGAGAAGAACCACGGUGUUCUUCAUACAUCUGUUGUCCUCCUCACUGAGAUGUGUGAAAGAAGUCCUGACAUGCUGGCCCACUUCAGAAAGAAUGAGAAGCUGGUUCCUCAGUUGGUGAGAAUCCUGAAGAACCUAAUCAUGUCUGGAUACUCUCCUGAGCAUGAUGUGUCAGGCAUAAGCGACCCUUUCCUGCAGGUGCGAAUAUUGAGACUACUGCGAAUUUUAGGCAGGAGUGAUGAUGACUCCAGUGAAGCAAUGAAUGACAUUCUUGCACAGGUUGCAACAAACACAGAGACGAGUAAAAAUGUAGGCAAUGCGAUUCUGUACGAGACAGUCCUGACAAUAAUGGACAUCAAGUCUGAAAGUGGACUGAGGGUCUUGGCCAUCAACAUACUAGGUCGCUUCCUUCUUAACAAUGACAAAAAUAUAAGAUAUGUGGCAUUGACAUCUCUACUAAAGACGGUACAGACGGACCACAAUGCAGUGCAGAGGCAUCGAAGCACCAUUGUGGAUUGUUUAAAAGACCUGGAUGUGUCAAUCAAGAGACGUGCAAUGGAACUGAGCUUCGCCCUGGUGAACGGCAACAACAUAAGAGGCAUGAUGAAGGAGCUGCUCUACUUCCUGGACUCCUGUGACCCGGAAUUCAAAGCAGACUGUGCAUCAGGAGUCUUUCUAGCUGCAGAGAAGUAUGCCCCUUCGAAAAGAUGGCACAUAGACACCAUUAUGAGAGUCCUGACAACAGCAGGGAGUUAUGUGCGAGAUGACUCUGUCCCCAAUCUCAUCCAGCUCAUCACCAACAGUGUGGAGAUGCAUGCCUACACAGUACAGAGACUCUACAAAGCACUGCUGGAUGACAUCUCACAGCAACCUCUAGUGCAGGUGGCGUCCUGGUGCAUAGGAGAGUAUGGAGACCUGCUGGUAUCUGGACAGUGUGAGGAAGAGGAGCCCAUCCAGGUGACUGAGGAUGAAGUUCUGGAUGUGCUGGAAGGCCUCCUGGUGUCCAAUCUGUCGACACCUGUAACCCGGGGUUAUUCCCUUACUGCCAUCAUGAAGCUGUCUACUCGCUUCACCAGUGUUAACCGAAUCAAGAAGGUGGUUUCAAUAUAUGGCAGUAGCAUUGAUGUGGAGCUUCAGCAGAGAGCUGUGGAGUACAAUGCACUUUUCAAGAAAUAUGACCACAUGAGGCCAGCUCUCCUAGAGCGAAUGCCCAUUAUGGAGAAAAGUGCUUCUAACGGCCCCACAGAGAUUGUACAGACGAAUGGAGAAACUGAGCCCUCUGUGGAGCCAAAACAUCCACCACCUGUCACCCAGCCAGCCAACCAGGCUAAUGAUUUGUUAGACCUGCUGGGUGGUAAUGAUGUGGUGCCAGUAAUCCAAACCACAAUGCCCACCAAGCCUGCCUCAGCUGGAGGAGAGCUGCUUGAUCUGCUGGGUGACCUCUCACUAAGUGGUGGCCCAGCCCCUGCUCCUGCUCCCUCUGUGCCCACUUCUCAACCUCCUUUCCUCCUGGAUGGCCUCUCCUCACAGCCCCUGUUUAAUGACAUUGCAGCUGCAGCUAUUCCUCCCAUGACAGCAUACAACAAGAAUGGUCUAAAAAUAGACUUCACAUUUGAGAGAGCAAACCCCAAUCCAAACAUUGCAGUCAUCACCAUCCAUGCUUCCAACUCAACCGAGGCGGAUAUGACAGACUUUGUUUUUCAGGCUGCAGUACCAAAGACAUUCCAGCUGCAGCUCCUCUCCCCUAGCAGUAAUGUCGUCCCAGCACUCAACCAGGGAACUGUCACGCAGGUCAUCAGAGUCCUCAACCCACAGAAGCAACAGCUACGAAUGAGGAUCAAGCUGACGUACACCCUCAAAGGCUCGCCUGUGCAAGACCUGGCUGAGGUCAAUAACUUCCCCCCUCAGUCCUGGCAGUGAUGAGCUGCGUGUGUUGCUCUUAAAAGCCCCCACCCCCACCCCCUCCAAGGGAACUAUGAAAACGAUUUUCCUUUCACCUCCCUCCUUUCUUCCAACGGAUCCCCCUGUGACGUCACUGCAGUCUGCUGCCCUCGAGUUGCAUGGGAAGCAGCAGAGCAUCUAACACAGGAGAAAAAUACAGAUGUUAUGAAGACCCUACUGACUAUUGGCAUCACCAGAAUAAUUGGGAAAACAUAUCAAUCAAUGAACUUUCUCUUUCCUUUCUUAAUUGGUUUCUUCUGAUCUCUUUACGUAGUACUACAAUUUUCCACACGCACCCUCCGCCCAGCACCCACAAAAGCACAUACGCACACCCUUCACUGUGGUACACUUAACCUCUCAAGUCACUGUAGGGAUAAAGUGUUGGCCACUACGAGCACUGCAGUAACCGUAGUUUUAUGUCGAUUUAUGAUUACGCUAAAAUUGCAGUUGAAACACUUUGCUCCAUUGAUAUUUGUGAUUGGCUUUGCAAUCAGAUUUUUUUUAAAUGAACCUUUAGUCCUAUGAUGGCAGCAGAGAAAAGCUUUGAAGGUCUAUAUAGUGAGGUCAUAAAUGUCCUAGAUUACCCCUUUUUGACUCUCCACAUCAUGAGUGAUAUAACUUGUCAGAGUUGUAUUCAUUUUGAAUUACAUUAAUUUGCUUAAAGCAUGUUUGAGCAUUGUUAGUAUCACAAUCACACCUUGACUCGAGCUUGGAGAGGAUUUUUCUGGUUGUAGACCUCUUAAUCCUAUGUUUCUAUAGGAAGUAGUCUACAUUUGUUUUGUCACAAUGAUGAGAGCAUACAAAAAUCCAAGCUGCUCACUUUGAUCACCUGUGGCUAGUUACAGAGGAUGUGUUUGGACUUUCCCUCACAGCUCUCCUAAAGUCGUCUCAUCUGUAGCUUUAGUUUUAGAUCUGUAUAAUAAAUUCAACGGUUAAUUGCUUUGCGUAGUUUGAAGAGGUUCAUUCAUAAGGAUGGAUAUAAUCCAGGCCUGAAAUUUAUCUGAUGGUAAGCUGAUUGCAUUUGUGUUGGAGAUCUGCGUUUAAACUUCCUCUGCAUCUGUGUCUGUGUCAGUCUAGCUUGCAAUUUAGAUACAUUUCAGAUUUGUUUAACCUGGUUGAUCUUAGUCACCAUGCACAUACAUGUAAAUGAAGCUUGUUAUGAAUGUAGUUACAUGCACUGAAUGCUUUUUUUCUCCCCUCAAGUCUUCUUUUUCACGGCUGUCUUCUUUGAUGAGAACCCUCAUCUUAUUGGCACUAUUUUUGUGAAAGUAUGUUUUAUUUCUGCAGUAAUUUGACUUAAUUAUUUAUGCCUGAUAUCAAAGUGAUGUGCCUUUCUGACUUAGCUAGAUAAAAGCCCCUGAACUCUUGAGUUCUGUAUGAGCUUCGUUUGUAAGUCUGCUUGUGUGCUGAUUGUGUUUUCAAUCUGAGGGACAUAGUCCGGAUGGAUUUGAAUCGGUGUAUCACUUCAUUUAAUUAAGUUUGACUUUUUCACUCUUGUAUGUCAUAAUGAGUUAAAAAUCAGCCACCCACUAACAUUGGCUUACCUGGAUGUCCACAGCAAUUGUCUUAAUAUGACAAAAAUACAGAAACAUUAAAAAUGCCUGUUGGAUGUUAUAAGUCUGAAAAACAAAGGCAAAUCUCAAAGAUUAUGGCAGCUAAAUAGAUGUAAACUUUUCAUAAGCUGGCAUCAAGUGUUUUUAAGAAAGAUAUAAAUGUUCUACUAAAGUGAAAUAUCUUAAAUUCCCCCAUCCCCGAUAAAUAAACGUUGAAGUGUGAGUUUGGAUGACUCUGUGAGGUACUGGGACGGGUUGUUCUGUGGCGACUGUUAAGUAUGAUUUCUUGGCUCUCGUCUUCUCCGAAUCAGAAUUCUGACCACGCUGUCGGGGACAGUAACCUUAAUACCUCACAAUGUUCUUUCUUUCUGUUAACUUUGAGUUGCAGUAGAUUGACAGCUUUGUUUAGUCACGAAUUGCAAUCAAGGGAGCAUCUGCAUGAGAGAAACUAAUGAUAGUUUGUGCUUCUCAUUACUUAACAAGCCUAGCGGCCCUGCGAUGCUGUGUUGAGAUCCUCAGAUGUUCAAUCAGGCUGUAUACUUCUUUUCACUAUGCUUCACUAUCUUCUAACUUCUGUGACCAAAUCAGAGAAACUAUUAGCUUUGGAAAUAUUUUUGAGCUAUGAUAUGUGUAUAUGGAGAAAAUUAUUUCAGUUUAACUUUUUUCUGUUUGUUGACAAAAUGCUAUAUUGGCUUUUUUUCUGUACAUAUUGAGGGCUUUUACAAUUUUGUCUCUUGUACUAUCUUUCAUCCUUUUUUUAGAUACCAUUUUCUAAAAAUUCCAAUUAUUCACAAUGUAUAUUGUCUAAAUAGAUCUAGUCGGCAUCAGUCUAUAAAGACUUCCCUGUAUCAUCACUCAUUCAUUGUAAAAGAUAUAUGAUCCGCUGCCUGUACAUUGUAUAUAGUUGUAAAACAAACAAAAGCUGAUCAAAUUAAAUAAAACCCACAUGAAGACUAAAAGAUUAGCUAGGAAGUAUAAUUGUAUGCAUAUAUGUACAAAAAAAGAAUCUUAAAAGGAUGCAAUUGAACUGCAUUUGAUUUACUAUUCUUCAUAAUUCAUUCAUGAUUGAUGUGUCAUCUUAACUUCUUUUACAAGGGUAGUUGGUGAGUCAGUAGGUUAAUUGCUGGAUGUUGAAAUAAGGGUUUGAAUCCUUGCCUGAAUGAUGUACUUUACUACUGAGAAACCUAAGCACAGGGCUGCGCAGCGGCAGAAGUGGCACCUUGCUUAAUCUGCUCCCCUGCCCCUUAAACUCUUCGGGUGUCCGCGCCCUCCUUCGCAGAGGAGCAGGGUUCUUGCCGACAUGUAACUCCUCCUACUGGCCUUAUGUGUGGUUGCAAUUCACAUCUAUUUGACUCUCUUGAACCCACAAAUUGGUACUUGAAAUGAUGCCCUUUGGUGUCUUGGCCUGCUCACUCUCGUGGUUACCUUUUUGUCUGCCAUGCAGCAUCCUACUUAAAGCAUAAUUUCUCUCAAACAAGCCACUAGUAGGUUGUUUGUUUUUUUUUUUUUCCAACAUUAUGGCCAGUAGGUUUAAAUUAGAAUUCAUUAAUACCUGAACAAGAACUGAUUAAAGUUUUAUUAUGUGGUUCUGGAUAAGCAUGUUGGUGCAGCAUGUUUUUUCCUUUGGUCUGAAAGAGUGCAAGGCUUUAUUUUGGCUUGUUGUCUUUACUUUCGCCCCUUAUCACUGAUUUUUAUUUGCCUCUGCAUGGCACACCUUUCAGGAUAUGAAAGGUGGGGCUGUAACACAUCAUGACAGCUUGAUCUCAGCCCUCACUAUUUCAAAUUAAAUGUUACAUGGCAGGAUAUGAGGGAGGGAAGGCAAUGGUUUAAUUUUUUUCUUUUCUGGUAGGAAGAUAUUGUGUUUCUUAAGUGCUGCUAUUCCAGCCCCAAAACUAACCUGGGACAAGCCUGUGCUACAAGCUAAUGGCCACAAGGGGGAGCUGUGCAAAACGGAAGGCUGACGGGAUGGGAAAGGAAGUUUCAUACAUCUAUUCCUGAAUGUUUUUGUUGGUGUUGUUUGUAUUGUCCUAUUCAACCAGUAUGUACCCUUGUUAAUCACAUCUGAUCAGUUCUUUCAAUGAUAACCGUAAGUCAUGCAGUUUUAAAUGUACAAAUGAACCAACAUAAGUGCUUUGGACACUGUAACUUAAAAAGGAAGAAAAGAAAUGGAAACAAAUACCCAUCAGCGGUGUGAUCAGCGUUUGAAGUGAUAUCUGUGUGUGUGUGUGUGUGUGAGAGUGAGAGUGUGUUUGUGUGAGUGAGACAGAGAGAGAGAGAAAACGAUCAUGCUUGAGAGAGCGUGAUAGUGUGUGACAUGUCUUUUAUCUAGAUAGGACAUGAUUUUUGGCUGCAAUUUCAACUUUCAGCUUCUGAGCUGCAUGUGAAAACCAGUGUAAAUAAUGUCAUUUCUACUCUUGACCUGAGACUCUUUUUGAAAUGCAAGAAAAGUUCAAAUUACGAAUCCUUCAUUCAAAUCCACCACCUUCAUGGGUCAGUACUAACAUGUACAAUAGGAAGUUGUUCAGAUAGUGCUCACAAUACUGUUAAUGUUUUUAAGAGGCUGAUGAAAGUGCACAUCCGUCGUUAGGAUUAAAUUGGAUAUUUGAUUUGUUUUGUUUUUUUUCAUUUGUCGGGGUGAAGUCAGUGUGUGAAGGGCUUGGAAAAGCAUCUGAAUUGCCACCAUGUUCACGUUCCCUGUUCAAUCGAAACAAUGCAUCCAUUGUAUUUUGAAAACAAAAUGUUUGUAACCCCGAACCCCUGCCCCCCAGGCCUGUUCUGACUGUAAAACAAUACGGUAACUGAUUUUGUUGGGGAAGGGUGGAGGCAUGUGGUUCACUUUUUUUCCAGUCAAGUUUGACAUGUUGAACUGAAUCCUAGUUCCAUGGCUUCAAGGUGAGUGUGAAUGUCAGACUGAAAGUAUGAAAUGAUGAUUAAAGAUGAGAAGUUGUAAACUAUUAAAUGGGAUAUUUUCAAUUUAUGCUGUGUAUUCUUGUCUUUGGGUUGGAGAAAAUGAUCAAGCGAAUAAAAAGUCAAAUAAAAAUAUA